AUGAAUCCAGAAUAGCUUGCCAUGAAAAAUACUUUUGACUGCUAUUUUUCGUAAAAAACAUGAGCUUUAUGAGCUUAAUAUUCUAAGAACAAAACGAAGCAGGAGAGAAAGAAAAAAGAAAGAAGGAAGAAAAUGGAGCAAAUACGAGAAGAAGAUAUUGUAAUUGUUGGAGGUGGAAUAUGUGGUCUUGCUACAGCUCUUGCCCUUCAUAGGAAAGGUAUUAGAAGCAUAGUCCUUGAAAAAUCAGAGACAUUGAGAGCCACAGGAGUAGGAAUCAUAAUGCAGGCAAAUGGUUGGCGAGCACUUGAUGAGCUUGGUGUUGCUUCAGUGCUUAGGCAGACUGCUGCCUUUAUUCAAUCUUGCCGUCAGAUAUCAAUUCAUGACAAAAAGCCGAAAGAAAUUUCACUUGGGAGUGGAGAAAGACGAUGCUUGAAAAGAAAUGACCUUCUUAAAGCUUUAGCGGAUAAUUUGCCAGCAGACACGAUACAGUUUAGUACCCAAGUGAAGUCCAUAGAAAUGGAUCCAAUAACUUCAUAUCCUGUUCUUUGUCUUGUUAAUGGAAGUGUAAUCGAGGCCAAGAUUGUUAUAGGAUGUGAUGGCCUCAACUCUGUGAUUGCAAGAAUUUUAGGCCUAAAUUCUAUAGCGUUUUCCCCUACAUGUGUUGUUAGAGGCUUCUCUCAUUAUGAGAAUGGCCACGAUUAUGCUAAUCAGUUCCUUCUUCUGAGCGAUCGCAAUGUUCAGCUUGGACAAGUGCCUGUUAAUGAUAAUUUAAUUUAUUGGUUCCUCACUCGAAAAUCGACUUCUGAAGAUUCAAAGAUUUCAAGAGAUAAAAUUCUAAUUAAAGAAUCAACAAUGGAUAUACUCAAAGAUUUCCCUGAGCAAGCAAUAGAGAUGAUAAACAAAAGCGAACAUGAAUCUUUACAUUUGACGGGGUUGAGAUAUAGAGCACCAUGGGAUGUGUUAACAACAAAUUUUAGAAAAGGAACGGUAACAGUAGGAGGAGAUGCCAUGCACGCAAUGGGUCCAUUUCUGGCACAAGGAGGCUCAGCUUCUUUAGAAGAUGCAGUGAUUCUUGCAAGAUGCUUAGCAGAGAAAAUACAAAAUAAAGCAAUUGUGAAAGAGAAGGUAGAAGAAGGAAUAGAUAAGUAUUUGAAGCAAAGAAAAAUGAGAGUCUUUUGGCUCUGUCUCCAAACUUACCUUGUUGGAACUGUUAUCCAACCUCCAAAUUUGGUCAUGAAAGUUUUGUGUAUUUUCUUGCUAAUUAUUCUGUUUAGAGAUCCAAACAAACACACUGAUUAUGAUUGUCGCGAACCGUAAUUAUACUUUAUAUUUUUUUCGUAGAAUAUUUUAA